UUUUUUCCCUCUAAUCUGAAAACAUGAAGCCUAACUGGGAGCUGACGAAUUGCUGUCAACAUGAACAAGUCCGAUUUCUAGCAACCAUUGGCAUUUUCACCGUUGUUAUUCUUGCUUUCUGGAGGACAUUUUUGCUGACACCUUUUAAGCUCAUCACUGUGUUUCUUCAUGAAGCAAGCCACGCGAUUGCGUGCAAGAUUACUUGUGGGGAGGUCGAGGGCAUUCAAGUUCAUGCUAACGAAGGUGGCAUGACUCAAACACGUGGUGGUGUAUAUUGGUUGAUCUUACCGGCUGGAUACCUUGGAUCAUCGUUUUGGGGUAUGGCUCUCAUACUUGCUUCGACAAACCUCCUCUCCUCAAGAAUCGCUGCUGGUUGUCUUAUUCUUUCCCUCUUUAUUGUGCUCUUCAUUGCACAAAAUUGGACUCUACGAGGGCUUUGUAUCGGAUUUAUUGUUUUGCUUGCUGUCGUCUGGGUUCUUCAAGAAACAACCAACGUUCGUAUCCUUCACUACAUUAUUCUCUUCAUUGGUGUUAUGAAUAGCCUGUUUUCCAUCUAUGAUAUAUACGAUGAUUUGAUAUCUCGAAGGGUUCACUCUAGUGAUGCUGAGAAAUUCGCAGAGCUUUGCCCCUGCUGCACGGGAGUUGGUUGGGGAGUAAUCUGGGGAAUGAUAUCCUUACUGUUUCUCUCUGCAUCGAUAUAUCUUGGACUCGUCAUCUUGUCCUGAGGGUUGAAAAUAAUGGAGUUGGCCUAUUAAGGAUUGCAACAACAUUAUCCAUACAUAUAUCUCCAUAGCAAUCAAAUUCAUUUAUUUGGCUGCAGCAUCAAAUUUGAUCCUCAAGCUUCGCAUUCUAACAAAA